UUGGGGGCCGCGGUUGCGCAGACGUGGACUCACGGGGAAGGAAAACAAGUACAAAUACACCGGUAGUCGAGUUGGAACUUCAAGUCGGUCGCAGAACUCGACAGGGUGAACGUCGUAUGAUCGCGACGCGACAACUCGGAAACUGCACCGCGGAGAAAUCUUAAACCAAUAGGACAUCAGUUUCCAUUCUGGAAGACGCUCAGCUUUUCAACAAGUUCUUUUAAAGAAGACUUGUUAAAUGGAACUUGUCAACGUCACAUCACUAGUCUUCUCUGACUAAAUCAGCUGUUAAACAGGUUAUUAUUCCCCCGACAUUUGUAGGACACUUAGAUGGAGGCUGCAAGCAAUACUAGUUUCAGUAAGAAACCAAGACACAUGCGCCGUUCCUUCAAGAUGCGUCGCUCCGACAAGUUAGCUGGUCAUCAGACCGACCAGGACGCCUUCCUCAAGCAAGGCCGGCGAACAGCCGCUUUCGUCGGCCACGAUGAUCCAAGCAUGCCCAUCGACCGUAAAGUGGCUAUCGUCGGUAUCGGCUGCCGGUACGCCAACGGCAUCGACUGUGCCAAGAAGUUCUGGGAGGUGUUGGCCAAGGGGCUGGACUGCACGGUGCCUCCACCGCCAGACCGCUUCGACGCCUCGUUCUUCCUGUACCCCGGCAAGAAGCUACCAGGAAAGAUGUUCAACAAGUGCGCUGGCUACCUGACACAGAACCCAGAGUUUUUCGAUAGACAAUUUUUCAAGAUCUCGCCAGAGGAGGCCAAUCAGCUGGAUCCCCAGGUGCGCCUGAUGCUGGAGGUAGUCUGGGAGAGUUUUGAAGAUGCGGGCAUCCCAGUGUCUACCGUCCACGGAUCCAAGACUGGCGUCUACGUGGGUGUCACGGCUAGCGAGUAUGGAAUCCUGGUGGCCAUGCCCAACGAGAACAUUAACCAGUACACUAACUCGGGCACCAACUCCUGCAUGGCAGCUAAUCGGAUCUCCUACGAGUUUGAUCUACGUGGGCCGAGUUUCGUCAUUGACACGGCCUGCUCGUCCUCCUUGUACGCCAUACACACAGCCUGCGAGGCAAUCCGUAAUGGGGACUGUGACAUGGCUGUGGCAGGUGGGGUCAAUAUCUCCUUGCUCCCGGUGACAAGCAUCGGAUUUUGCCAAGCAGGAAUGCUGUCCCCCGACGGCAAGAGCAAGAGUUUUGACCGCUCGGCCGAUGGGUAUGCUCGGGGUGAAGGAGCAGGGUCCGUUAUACUAAAACCACUGCGACGGGCACUGGAGGAUGGGGACAGAAUCUACGCAGUGAUGCGAGGAGGAGCUCUGCAUAACGAUGGAAGGACCCCGGGCAUCGCUAACCCAAGUUUUGAUGCCCAGGUUUCCCUUGCGGAGAUCGCAUACAAACAUGCUUAUACAGAUCCCGAGGAUGUGGCUUAUGUGGAGGCUCACGGGACCGGCACUCAGAUUGGAGACAGGACGGAGGCUAACGCGCUGGGUGAAGCAAUGAGUAUGAAUCGAAAGCCGGAUCACCCACCUCUGUACAUCGGCUCCGUCAAGUCCAACAUCGGCCAUUCCGAGGGCGCCGCUGGAGUAGCUGGCAUCAUCAAAACCACUUUGAGUCUGUACCACGGGCAGAUUCCUAAAGUGGUCCACUUCAGACAGGGGAACGAAAGCGUAGACUUUGAGGCACUAAACGUGCGCGUACCUGCAGAGCUCACCCGCUGGCCAAAGGGAGCCAAGAAACUGGCAGGAUGCAGCUCCUUCGGCUUCGGUGGAGCAAACGCUCACCUCGUCUUGGAAGGAGCUCCUCAGCCACCUCAGAGAGGGGAAAGAGGAUCGACCACGUCCACCACGCAAUCUCAAGUGCAGCCGGAACGAGAGGUGAUCGUCCCUAUGAUUCUCUUCCUGUCUGCCGCCAGUAAAGACGCUCUGAGGCAGCGGAUGCGAGACUGGAUCAGCUAUCUUAACGACGUGAUUGGGAACGACUCUCGGGCUUUCAGCAAUGCCCUGUGCACGGCAGCGGUGCGGGCCACUCACCACCAGUAUCGGUUGGGUGUGAUCGCUCGCACGGCACGGGAGGCCGCCGAGCAGAUUCGUCUGAAGGUUGAACACGACCCACGGGUAGCGUACAAUGUGAUCGAGGGUAAGACACCAGAAGGCAACAAUAGUCAUCGACUGGUGUUUAUCUUUAGUGGAAUGGGAACGCAGUGGUGGGGAAUGGCCAGGCAGCUGAUGGACGAAGAACCGCAGUUCAAAAGUGUCAUCAGGAGGAUUGACAAGAUACUGAACAAGUGCGGUGCUAAGUGGUCUCUACUUCACAUGCUGACCAAAGAAACAGACCGGGAUAAAAUCAACCAAACAGAAUUUGCUCAGCCGUGCAUCUGCGCCGUUCAGAUUGCCCUGGCCGAAUUAUACCGCAUGCGUGGAGUGACCCCAGAUGCUAUCAUCGGCCACAGUGUCGGAGAAGUAGCAGCUGCCUAUGCUGCAGCGCUCCUCUCAUUGGAGGAUGCUAUGAGGAUCAUUUACAUACGCGGGAGGCAACUGCGCAAGACAAGUGGCCUGGGAGCCAUGGUAGCGGUGCUACAUGCCGUGGAGGAGAUACAGGCCAGGCUUGAGAACAGCGAGUAUGUUAGCGUCAUUGACAUCGCCACCAUCAAUAGCCCAACACAGGUCGUGCUGUCUGGAGAUAGUGAGUCGGUUCUUGGUUUUGUUGACACCCUAAAGAGGGAUGGUAUCAGGUGUGUAGCCCUCAAGGUUCAGAAUGCUUUCCACAGCUACCAGCAGGAGGAUAUCAAAAAGGACUUUAUGAAAAAGGCCAAAUUUCUUGAGACGUCCAGCCGGGAGAGCAUUAAUGCCCACCCAGUCAUCCCCAUGAUGUCCACGGUUACCAAUGAGUAUCUAGACCGAGAUACGGCCAACAGUGCUGAGUACUGGUGGAAGAACAUCCGGCAGACGGUGCUCUUCCGCGGGGCAGUUGAUAAACUACUGAAGGAGGGCUACACCAGCUUGUUGGAGAUCAGCCCACACCCUGCCCUGUCUCCGGCAAUCAGAGACUGUUUGUCAGUAAAUCCAAACAACUCCCAGCGCUUUGUGACAGGCUCACUAAGGCGUCCGUCUGACAUUCGUGAUGUUGCCGAUGACAAAGUCAACAUUCUGCGAUCCUUGGCACGGCUUCACGUAGAAGGCUACCCGAUAAAUCUCAAUUUGUUGUUCAGAGAGGGUGACUUCAAGGUUAUGUCUCUACCCACUUAUCCAUGGCAGAGAGUCUUGUGUUCAGCAACAACAGAGAAAAGUCACAAGAUGUUCCGUUUUCCAGCCAAAAACCACCCGUUGUUAGGCAAGCCACAAACCCUAUCUCAUUUCAGCAUUGAUAACGCUCCACGGGUGUGGUGUUCAAAAUACGGCGUUGAAACGGUGCCUUGGUUGCGUGAUCACAAAUUACAAGGCAACAUCGUGAUCCCAGCCGCAGGACAGACCGAAAUCAUGUUGGCGGCUGCACGAUCAAUGUACCCUGACAGCGAAACCAUCACUCUGAGGGAUGCCAUGUUUGAAAGAUUCAUUUUCCCUUCUAACAUGAAAGGUAUGCUGGAGAGUACAGUAACAGUCCGGCCAAGGGAGGCUCAGUUUGCCCUGCGAAGUUUCAAUCAAACGGAUGAGAAGUGGACUUUGCAUGGGAAAUCCAGCAUAGAUAUUCCUGGGAAGUCACGGCUGUCGUACCACCAACUUGAAGACCAGUUCCAAUGCUUGAAGUUAGCUAUUGAUGACAUCAGACGCAGGUGCCCGUAUGAGGUUGACGAACAGGAAUUCUACGCUAAGCUCUGGAAGGGUGGUUUCCAUCUUGGAGACACAUUCCGGUGUGUAAACACAGCUUACUUCAAUGCUGAUUACAGUGAGGCUUUACUCUACGCAUCUAUCCCAGAAGCGCUGGAGAAGGAAUUUCGUCAGUAUGUUUUCCAUCCAGCCUUGCUAGACAGCAUGUUCCAAGGAAUUGGAAUAUGCCAAAUGUUCCUGGAGCAGGAGAAAGCAAGGUCUUCCCACACUGUAUUCAAGACAUGGUUUCAGGUGCCGAGGUCUGUCACAAAGGUGCGUGUGAAAGGAACAGCGCCAUCACAGGUAGCUUUCCAUGUUCGCAUGACACACGUAGAUAAGGGCGAGACGGUUGGAGAUGUUGUAGCAGCUGAUGCUACAAAUCAGUGGGUCUUUGCUCAGGUGGACCGCCUUGCCUUUGAGAAUGUCCAUUCUAACGAGCCUGACGAGAAAGUACAGCUUUGGAGGAGAGAAUGGGAACCGAUUCACGUUGAAUUCUCGGAAACCGCCAUCCAUCAGGUACCUUUGAAGAGGAUACUCUCUCGGCCUCUCAGUGCAAUUGGCUCAGAGAAUCCUGGUGCUAUCAUAAUCAUCAAAGACAAACAAGGGGUUUCUGGGGAGUUAAAGAGACGCAUGGAGGUUGAGAGCGUUGUCAGUGUCUUAGACCCGAGGAUUCUUGUUGAUGGUGAUGAGCGCUUCAGACGGGUGUUGCGGUCCUUGGGUCAAGUGACAGAUCUUAUCAUGUUGUCAACCCUUGACAUCAAGCAGCUUGGGACACUGACCAGCAUCACCAAAGAAACUUUUGAAGAAGCCCAGACAAUGACAGCUACAUCACCAAUCAGUCUUUAUCGGGCUGUGGUGAAGCAUGAUGCCAAAAUAAGACCGAGGCUGUGGAUGAUCACACGGGCAGCACAUGCUGUGAAAGACACCGAUGUAGCAGAUCCCAUGAUGGCUUCUGCCAGUGCAAUCAAUCUCACUCUCAUGCACGAGGACCCAGAGUUUCCUCUGGUCACAGUAGAUCUGCCAUCCUUGCUUGAUCCAGAGGAGUCUGCUGAGUGGUUGUACCAAUACAUGCGCUCGGCACCAACAGAUGAGAAUUUUGUUUCCCUGCGACGUAAAAUGCCCAUGCAGAAUGUUGACCUAGCCAAGGAGUUGGCCUUUGAAGCUUUUGCUCUUCGCAUAGUUAUGCAGCCCCAAUCAAGCUUUUCAGCUCCCACUCUCUCCUCGAACUGGCAGGUUGAUGUAGAUGACACACUGAAGCAGAAAAGACUAGUUGUGAAGCAGAACCAGGAGGCACCUAAAGCAAAAUGUUCUGAAGAUAUUGCAGUCAAGCUCUCAGCUUUCUCGGUCCAAAUUAUGAAAGACGCCCCGGAAAAGGACAAGACGGCGGGUCUGAGCUACCUUUUUGCUGGGAAGAUCAACAAUUGCAGCGAGGAGCUUCAGGUUCUGUUCAGAAUGAGGAACAAUGUUCUGGGUCUGCGAUCAGGUGGAAAGAUAAAAGCCACAAUUCUGGCCAAUGCUAGCGAGCUUGUGCCCAUCCCAGCCAACUUGACACCCGUGGAGGCUAUUAACAUAGUUAGAGACUAUCUUCCGGCAUUUGUAGCCUUCCAUGACACACUGAAACUCAGUGAAAAUGGUUCUGUGAUCAUUUGUCUCUCUUCCCUCCGAGACAGAGUGGGGUUGGCCACCACCCAUCUGGCGUUAGAGCAAGGGGCCAAUGUAUUCCUUCACGUGGAAACGGAUGAUGACAAUAUCCUCCCGGUAGAGAAACUUCUUGGGAUCUUGGGUGAUUCUAGAGUGGUCAUUACAUCAGGAGAUAACUUCCACACACUCAUCAAUGACGGGUCCGUAGAUGUGCUCCUGUUUGCUGGAGAGAUGACGCAGGACAACAACAACUUGAAAAAGCUUGUUGGUAAGUUGCGUCCGUUUGGUACGAUCGUUCACAUCCAAGGUCGAAACAGCACCGGUGAAUCCCGUUUGAGCGUCAUGCCGCCAAACAUUUACUUUCUGUCCAUUGACAUGGGGUUGGGGCGGUUUGAUGAGAUGAAGCCAAGACUCCAAGACUCCAUGAUCCGCCUCUUGCAGAUGUUUAGUGUGCAUAAUGGUUUCCAAGCUCUGAAGUCCCUCACUGUGCCCACUGCUCCAAUUUCCAAGCUCUCUCGAUCGCCACAUGCCACCGUUGAAGAUAUGACCGUAUGCAUUGAUGAAGAAAGCAUUCCAACGACCUUAGACUUUGACGACAUCAGUUUCACAGCCAAUGGCGAUGCAGCCUACUUAGUCACAGGGGGAUCAAGAGGUUUCGGCCUAACAACAGUUGAAUGGUUGGUUAAAUCUGGGGCUCGGCACAUUUAUAUCAUCUCCAGAUCAACCCCUGAGGAGGAGGCCGUGUUGAAAUUCAAAUCUUUCCGGGAUACAGGAGCUCGUAUAACUCAUUUGAAAGUUGAUAUGUCAAAAGACUACGAGGUAGAGAAGGCUCUUUCCGCCAUUCGGGACAACGAAGAACUACCACUUGAGGGUAUUUUCCACUGCGCUGUUGUCUACAAUGACUGCCUUCUGCGGCAGGUCACAACGGAAGCAUGGAAUAAGGUGAUGAUCCCAAAGGCAUAUGGAGCUUUAGUUCUACACCAACUGACACUGAAGAUGGGCUUCUCGGUGCGUUACUUUGUCAUGAUGUCAUCCAUUGUUGAGUUGAUGGGUAACGAGGGACAAGGAGCAUACUGUGCUGCCAAUAGCUUCCUUGCAAGCAUCUGCAGUAUGAGACGAAAGCUUGGUUUGCCGGCGACUGUUAUAUGUCCAGGGAUCAUCAAUACCGCAGGUCACGCUGCCAGGGCCGGAUUCGUCCAUCACUGGGAGAAAAUGGGCAUGCAGAGCUUGCCUCCACCGGAGAUACUGAAGGGUCUUGGGUGUAUCCUUGCUACGGACUAUCCGCAGCUCGGUCUCACAGGGGCCGUUAACAAAAAAGAGUAUGCAAAGGCCAACAGUCCCAUGUUGUCGCAUCACUUCAGUGAGCCCGGUGGUACUUUCUCAGCUCUAAAGUCUCUAUUUCCAAACCGAGACUGUUUCCUGGCCACAGACAAUGACAUCAAGAUGAGGAUAAGAUUGCUUUCCCGAGCAGAAGCUCAUGAUUUGAUUUUCAAGACUCUGUCAAAUCAUCUUGUGCAGCGACUUGGCCUCAGUGCAGACGUCAGUCAAGAUGCAACACUUCUGUCUAUAGGUUUGGACUCCCAUAUGUCAACAGAACUCAGUGCUGUUAUCCAGGAAAGCUUUGGGGUGACCAUGACUGCCAUGGAACUGCUGAACGAUACUCUGACAGUGAGAAACCUGACUCAGAACGUAUAUGCAAAAGUGAUGAGCUGCGCGUCGGAAGCACAGCAAGAGGCUGCAGCAAGCAAGGUGGCAGCUGAGAGCUCCUCCCAGCAGCUGUGGUUUAGGAUUGACAACAGGGUACAGUUUCCAACACACCAACUCAUCUGUUUCCCCUCCGUUGGCGGUGGGCCAUCCAUGUUUGCAGCGUGGCAACAGCACUUCCUGCAGAACAACAUGCAGCUGAUUUCACUGCAGAUUCCAGGAUGGGAAGGCCGUGAGAACGAGAAGCCAUCUGAUAAUAUGUCUGAUAUAGUCAGUCGGCUUGCUGAUGCUCUGUUUCCACAUCUGCAGCGGGGUCAGUUCUCAUUCUUCGGGCACAGUUUGGGUGGGCUCACUGCCUUUGAGCUGGCGCACUACCUGUGGAAGAAUCAUGAUCUUCUUCCGACCCAUAUCUUCAUCAGUGCUUGGUAUGCUCCAACCCAAUCCUACCCACAUCCCGAGGAGCUCAACAUUUCCAGCUCGACAUUCCGCAAGAUGCAGCGAAUCAUCUCUGCUAGGGGUGACCCAAUGAAGAUCUCUGAGCCCUUCCCAGUGAGAUUCAGCUUCUUAGACCAGUCCACCCUCAGCAACCCCCGCCUGAUGCAGCGUCUUGUAGGAAGCAUCGAGGCGGCCAUCAUGACCUGCAAGAAGUACAGGUGCCGGCACAGGGAUCGACUGCCAUGCAGCAUGACCGCCUUUGGCGGCAAGAACGAUCCUUUUGUCAGUCCAAAUCUCCUGGAUGAUUGGAGCAAGCAGGUAACCAACGAAGCCAACUUCAAGAAGGUUAUCCUGCCUGGGAAGCACAUGUACAUACAGUCUGCUGGUAAGAGUCUUCUCAAGGAGAUCAGUAGCACUCUGAACCAGCCACAGCAGCAGGACCCACCAGAGAAAGAGAAGCCACUGAAGGUAACAUUGAGUGCAGUUGAAUCUUCAGAUGCAGGGCCAUCUACAAGUCACUCUCUCCAAACUGCCUCUUCAUAUCACGCUGGUAAACCAGUGCCAAAACCAAGGUCCAGUUUCAGCCAGUAGGGAAACAACAGGACGUUUAACUGUACAUGCAUGUUGAUGAGAAAAUCAACCCAUUGCAUAUAAAUUGCUCAUCCAAGAUUUGAAUGUGUAGAUGUGGAACAUGAACGUAUUAAAUACGUAAACGAUUUGCAUUGACAUUUGAUAACCUGUUAUGGUUUAUUCUUGAAAAUAAUGAUCUUCUAUGAAACAAAUCCCUGUUAAUGUACCCUUAAGAAAACAUUUUGUUCGUUAUAAGUGAGGAGAUACCGGACACUAAUGUCUCAACUCCUUAGAGGCAAAAGUUGACAGACACAAAUAGGCUAGAUUAACUGCUCGUGGCCCAAAACAUAAAUAGGUCACAAUUUGUGGGGGUAGGAUAAGGAAAAUUUAGGGUUUGGGGUCAUUGAAGUUGGAAACAUUUUGUGCACAACCCUAUGGGAAUGUCUUCCCAGGGUACCAUUUCUUGUAAUAAUCAAACUUGUUAGUAUCAAUGGAUAUUACUUGAAUUUUCCUAAGAUUGGAAACGUCAUCACAACACGCAUCGACAAACUCAUGGAAAUUAAUUUGGGCAUUUACAAACCCUACAGAAAGCAGGUAAAAAAAGUAAAAUUUUCAGCAACCUGAAACAAAGGUCAAUUUAUCCUCUUUAUGCUUUUAUUUUGAGUUAAUUAAUAAUUAGUGGAUACUGAUGGUGAUUUAAUUAUCACUAGCAUUUGUUAAAACAUACAGGCUUUUGUUUAUUUAGUUUUUCAUGUAUAUAUUUUUUUCUUCUAAAAUUUAAACCAUUUUAUUAUGUAAAAAGAAAAAUGAAAAGGCAGCUCUAAUUGUUAACCAGUGCAAGAGCAAAUGGCCGAGUAUGUGCAAUAGUAAAAUAUAUACACCAAUUGACUAAUCGUUGAAGGUGUAUAGUGUAGGAUUAAUUAAGGUCGAUGCGACCGGUCGCUAAAAUUAAGUGGAUAUUCAUGCAUGCAAUAACUUACCGACGGUGAGAGGCAGCAACAGUCUGUAGUAUUUUAACCCGUGUUUGAGAAUACAUGUAUGCGUAUUGUUUGGUUUAGAGAGUUGUUUGUUUUCAGACAUUUUCAGACAUUCAUAUUAAGUAAUAUUUUUGUUGCUUGAUUUAAUUUAUAAUGAGUAAUGGCAUUUUGCACCCAGUAUUUUAGAUCUAGUUAGAAAUGUUGAGAAACUGUUUUUUCUUUUGGUUUUAAUAUAGAUUGUCUUGAAAACCAGAUUUGUUUAAUCUAUAUCAAACACAAACGAAAAAAAAAAAAUUCCUAAAUAAAUUUAUAAUAGGCAAUGCCAUGUUUGUACGUCGUAUUUUAGAUCUAAAUAUAAAGAUAAAUCUAUUAAAAUAUAUUUUAAAAAAUGUUAUGUUCUUUUGUUUUUAAUAUAGACAAAAAAAUCCCAGAUGCAAGAUAAUCGUAGAUUUAAUAUAAUCAAAAGAAAAAGCAACACACCAUGAUACCCAUUUCCUGAACAUUUUAUUUCUUGACUUGAACCGAGUGUAACACUUCCAUUAUAUUUUUGGUUGGUUUUUAAUACAAGUCUGAACUGAUGAAUAAUUUGAAAUUUGUGAUAAAACAUACCCUGAUGUUUUAAUCCUUAUUUGAAAAAAAAAUUGAAAGCGAGAUUGGAACGCACAAAUAGUCUGGCACCAUCCCAUUCAACAGUUUAAAAAAAAUUCAUAAAUACCUAAGACAGUUUACGCAUUCCUAUUGGUCGAGAG